UCUCAAUCGAGAAAAGCGAAACCGAGGAACGAAAAAGAAAAGGGAAGCCGAAAGGAGAAGAGGCAAAGAAAAGGCAACCGAUGUGACAACGGCGGCGCAGUAAAAGAGUCCACUUUGUCGCGGUCACUUGACAGGUCACGAUGCUCUGUCACGGAAGUGUCGAACUUCCCCAUAAACGGACGAGUUUCUAUCACCAAGACCAGUGAUGACUGUCUCUCCACAGAAAAUGGUGCAUACGAAACUAGUGGCAGAGCCGGGGCCGCACCGUUUACGGAUCAGCGGGACUGCAGCUGUCAUUAUUGCCAAUGGAACCGCAGAGUGGCUUGGGGGUCACUUAGGAGGGCAGCUAACGGCCAGGCGACCACGGAAGCAUGCAGGGUGCUGUGAUGUGAUGUGAUGGAUCGAAAGGAUCAUCACACGGGCCUGCCGACUCCUAUUUUUAUCGUCGCUUGAUAAGGAAGUACUCGAUGGAUUAUAUGGCCAAAAGGGCAUAAGCUGCG